AUGCUGUCAUGUAUUUUUUUGCUUAAUGAGCAUGGCGAGGUGAUGGUGGAGCUGCAAUUUAGUGAGCGAAUCCCGCGCUCAACGUUGGAGGGAUUCUGGUCCACCUAUAUGGCGCCAUCGAAGGGAGGCAGGGAGGCGCCCGCGGCCAUCGUCGCCUACGGCGGCACCGUGUUCUCGCACAUCCACCGCAAUAACGUGUUUCUCGUCGGCACACACCCUUCGGACGAUACGGCGCUGGUGGUGAUUGAGCAGCUCUGCCUCGUAGCCCGCGUUCUCACAGCAUACCUGAGCGAGAUGACGGAGAACACCAUUCGAGAAAACUUCUCUACCGUCUAUCAGCUACUACAGGAGAUGUUUGAUUACGGCUACCCCCUUACCACCGAGCUCUGCGGACUGGAGGAGCUGGUGCCGCGGCCGACGCUCGAGAACCGUGUGCGCACUAUGCUGGACACGCCGCUCGUGAGCAAGGUGAUGCCAGUUGGCAGCCGCACUGCCAUUGGGGUUGGCAGCCGGCAGGCAUCCAGCGUAUUCGGUGGUGUGCCAUGGCGGGACCCGGAGACGCGUCACAGCACGAAUGAAAUACUCUUUGACGUGGUGGAGUCGCUGGACUACUUACUGGACAGCGAGGGCCGCUGCGUCAGGGCUGCUGUGCAGGGGAGCAUCGAGGUGAAUUGCCGGCUGAGCGGCAUGCCUGAGGUGGUGCUGCGCCUGCGCGAUGUCGAUGCCGUGGUGGACGACGUGGCUUUUCAUCGAUGCGUCCGUCUGGACCGCUAUGAGCACGAUCGCACGCUCUGCUUCAUUCCCCCCGACGGCAAGUUCACGCUAAUGAAAUACACCUGCAAGUCUUCCCUGUCGAUGCCGCUUCCACCGUUCUAUGUGACCCCGCAGGUCACUUUCAACGCCACGGGUGGCCGCUUCCAUUGCAUGGCAGGCAUCCGCGGUGGCGGAGCGGGCUUCUCUUCCGUGGCAGAGAAGGACAAGGAUGUGCAGCGGCUGUCAGUGCGCCUCCUGCUGCCGCCAAACACGUCAUCGCUCACAGUGACGAACUGCUCGAGCGGCACGGCCGUUUUCGACCGCUCCAAGGCGACGCUCACAUGGAGCGUGGGCAACUUGACGCAUUCCGCAACACCGUCCCUCGGCGGCGAGUUCUUAUUGGUGCCGGAAGGUGGUGAUAGCAGUGACGAGCGGGGGCGUGACAAUGCGGCGCCAUCGGGGUCGCUGCGGGCAACAACCCGUGGGGCCGGAGUUGGAAACGCCACCAUGGCCGCCGUGUCGUUCCAGCUGCCGAACCGAAUCAUGAGUAGCCUUCGCGUAGAUUCGGUUCAGGUUUUGAAUGAGAUCGGCAAGCCGUACAAGGGUCUGAAGUAUCUAACGCAGUCUUGCAACUACUUCAUCCGGGGCGCCUGA